AUGAAAGUCGCGGUCGUGGGCUGCGCGCACGGCGAGCUGGACGCCAUCUACGCCGCGCUGGCCGAGGCCGAGGCCGCGCGCGGCGUGCGCGCCGACGUCCUGCUGUGCGCCGGCGACUUCCAGGCCGUGCGCAACGCCGCCGACCUCGCCAGCAUGGCGUGCCCGCCGCGCUUCCGCGACAUGCGCUCGUUCUGGCGCUACUACGCGGGCGACGCCCGCGCCCCGCUCCCCACCCUCUUCGUCGGCGGCAACCACGAGGCCUCCACCCACCUGCAGGAGAUCCCGCUCGGCGGCCUCGUCGCCCCGAACAUCUACUUCCUGGGCAACGCCGGCGUCGUCAACUUCCGCGGCCUGCGCAUCGCCGGCGUCAGCGGCGUUUACACCGAGCAUAACUUUCACAAGCACCGCUUCGAAAGCCCGCCGUACCCGCGCAGCCAGAUCAAGAGCGUGUACCACGCGCGCCGGGAGGAUGUCGACCGCUUGCUACGCCUGCGCGCCCCGGUCGAUGUCUUCCUGAGCCACGACUGGCCGCGCGGUAUUACCGACUUUGGCGACCUUGCCGCGCUGCUGCGAGCAAAGCCGUUCCUCAAGGGCGAGAUCGCGGACGGCUCGUUUGGCAACCCCGCGUCGAGAAAAGUCCUCGACGCCCUCGCCCCGAGCUUCUGGUUCGCCGCCCACAUCCACGUCAAGUUUCCCGCCCUCGUCCACCACGACAGCGGGAAAACCACGCGCUUCCUCGCGCUGGACAAGGCCCUCCCGAAACGCGACUUUAUUCAGAUCCUGGACAUCCCCCGUGCGGACGGGGAGGCGGAGGCAGAGGCAGAGUCUGCCAUCGAGCUCGACCCCGAGUGGCUCACCAUCCUGCGCACCGAGGCCGAGCAGAGGGGCAGGCAGACUCCGGUUUCGGAAGAGGAGAUGCACGCCACUGUGCAGAAGAUGCAGGCCAGCGGAGUCAAGCCGUUCCUCUCGCCGAUCAACGACUUUGAGCGGCGCGCCGCCAUGCAUGAUCCGAAGGGCAGGGGCACAGUUGAGCAGGGCCAAGUCGUGCUGCAGAAGGAGAAUAAGAGCAUCAUGGCCGCGCUCGGGUUGCCCGAGGACGCAUGGCUUGCAAAGCAGCAAAUCGCUCAAGUAAACGGCGCGCAGGCAGCACCAGUCACACCGUAUUUAGUAUCCUUGCUCUUCUCGCCCACCGCAAGCUCUCCGAAAACGUCGAGCACAAAACUGCAGACCACAAAAGAUUCGGCCACAGCUUUUGGCGCAAUGUUGUACAGUACCCUUGGGUACAGUACUGUAGUGCGCUUUGUCAUUACUGCAGCGUAUUUUGUUUUCAUUUUCUUCGCAAUCACAACACGUGGAACGGCCCCUUCCUCUUUCCCGCCCCCGCACCCCUUUGAUCCGGUGAGCAACCGCCCUGCUCAACACCAUACUCCCUUGCCAACCUCUACAUCACCACCCCACCAGCAUCAUACGUACCGCACACUGGCAAAACUCCACGCUUUUCGAAGCUCCCUUCCCUGA